UUGAGGGAGGUAGGUUGGACUGUUGAUGGGAUUUAGGACAACACCAUCUUCAAUUACAGGGGGAAGGCAGGAAAGGGGAAUUCAUCCAAAGAUACAAUGAUGGUCUUUCUACUCAAUUUUUGUGUCUUUCAGCCACACCUGAAAGAUGUUAGGAGGUAAAUUACCCUUUAUUAAAAGGCAAAAAAUACGUUUGGGCACUUGGUUAGAAACCACCAGAAGGAGGAAUCCAUGCGAAUCCUCCAGAAGAACGAAGCCAACCAAACCGCUCGGCUCUCCAUUAUUACACCUCUUGUCUCGUCUCCAUUGAUCUUAAACCUCCCGAGAAAUAGCUAGAAAGUAAAGGAAAAUUCUGAAGCCCAGAUAGAAAACCAAGCCCAGAGAAAAAUGUUCUUCUUCUUCGUCGGAGGAUUAGAGCAGCAAGUCCGGCAGGUGCUCAAGUCUGGCGCCGGAAGGUGCAUAAACUGCGGCUCGCCCGCCGAUCUGGUCGACUACGAGAAGGUGCUCAAGCUUUUCUUCGUUCCCGUCUGGCGGCGGCCGGGCAAAGAGCCUCUCAUGUACUGCAGCAACUGCAAUCUCUUCUUCCCGCCCCAGUUUUCUCCUCCGCCGCCGCGGUUUCCCGGCGAGUCUCCAACGCCUCCUGGUUCGGCGGUUCCCGACGUCCUCCGAUGCUCUUUCUGCUCUCGGGAGGUCGAUGCAGACUUCAGAUUCUGCCCCUUCUGUGGUUCUGCUCUGUGAUGGCAUGAGUUUAUUAGGGUUUAUAGUUUCUGUGGGUUGGGGUUGUUGUCAGCUAAAUUGUUUGCUUUGUUUAGAGUUUGGAUAUACAAUAUUACUUGGCAAUGCAACAAUAUCACUUGACAUGGGUUUUUCACGAAUUUCAGUUGUACGUUUUGGGUGGAUUCUCAUCUCAAUAAAUUGCCCAUUUUU